CGCGACUCAAACCGAACACUCGACUGCUCAUCGUGAAAUGCUAUGAACCAUCAAAUUACUUUUAUUUAAGCAACCUCGGCAAAGAGUCAUUUAUCGGCUUAAAACGAUUCUAGAGUAAACUUAACUAUGGCGCCAUCAGAAGAUGAAAUCGAGCGGGGGCUCCUUGAUGCCACUUAUCAAGUCUAUCAAGCUACGCCAGACGAAACCACUGUGAACAAGGUUCGCAAACAAACCGAAGAGAAUCUCAGCCUCGAUGAAGGAUUUCUCUCAAGUGCGGAGUGGAAGCAAAAAAGCAAAAGUCUGAUCAAGGAGCGAGUGGAGAAACUUAUGGAUGGAUGGGUUCCAGACAGCAAUAAAAAUGCAGAUUCAGAUGGAGAAGACAAAACUGGCGUGAAGCGCUCUUCUCCUGAUGCUGAAUCACCUGAACCAAAGCCCAAGCGCCAGAAGCGCGUCACAAUGCCCAAAUCAAAACCAAAGUCAAAAAAGGCGAACAAGAAGGAGGAGUCUGAUAUUGAAUCUGACCUUGAAUCUAAGCCCAGUGUAUCCAGCGAACUGAGCGAACUGAGUGAUCUCAGCGAGGAGGUGAAACCCCAGAAGAAGCGAAAGCGAGCGGCGCCAAAGAAAACAGCACCAAAGCACAAGUCUAAAGCCGUUAAACCCGAAGGGGGGGACGAAGAGGACGAAGAGGGUGCGAUCAAAUCUGAACCUGAAGUGCCAGGGGAUAAUGACGAUGAGGUUGAGAAUGGAGAACUCAAAAGUGACAAGGCAACAACUUCAACAAAACCACAGAACCCAGCAGAUAGAGAGGAGGGUUCCAAAGGAGGUGAGAACAAGCCAGUUGUCGACGAGGAAGAAGAAUAUUCCGAUGUCAUCGAUGAGCCAGUAAAGCCCAAACGCAAGAAGAAGGAAAAGAAAGAGGCAGGCAGCAAGCCAGCAAAGGAAACCAAGGUUGCCGCAAAGAAAGUCACUACAUCUGACGACCCUAACACCGAGGAAAUCAAGCGACUACAGGGUCAGCUUACGAAGUGUGGUGUUAGAAAGCUUUGGCACAACGAGCUGAAGAAAUACGGCGAUGAUGCCAAAGCAAAGAUUCGACACCUUAGGAAGAUGCUCACUGAUAUCGGAAUGGACGGCCGCUUCUCAGAAGCGAAGGCGCGCGAAAUCAAAGAGAGGCGAGAACUUCUGGCCGAGGUUGAAUCUGCGCAGGAGAUGAGUGCUCUCUGGGGUGUAGAGGGCCGUGGUCGUGCAAGCCGCAGCAAGAGCAAGAGUGCCAAGGUCGUUGAAAGCGGCGAUAGUGACGCCGAAGAAAACGACGAUGACGAGAAUAAUGAUGACGAAGAGGAAACGUAUGCUGCGAGACGCAAGAGAGCAAGGGCGGAUUUGGCGUUCCUGGGCGAUGAUGACAGUGAUUCCGAUUAAGGCCUAUGGGUAUUCUAUGCUUAUGAUUCACCUGUCUAUGUUGACGGUAUGUAAUUUAGGAACAUCAGGAUGCAUCACGAGAAACUUUGUACAAAACGGUGUCUGGGAACAGGAGUGAUCUGGUUUUUCUUUCCAAUUGUCUUACGAUAGCUAGGCGUUGAAAAAAACCAGCCUCUAUUUAGCUGAUGUGCUUUUCAUCUUCAGUGAUCCAACUCAAUCGGCCCACGCCUUGUAUACGGUUCUGGCACCGUAUGUGUCACCCUUCUUGAGCAGGACCUGGUUCUUCCACUCAGGUACAUUGGCAGCGUUAACAUAGCGAGCAGGCUCACAGCAGAAACCGGCACGAGCACCACGAGCAGGCAGACCGUUGACGGCAGGCACAUUAAUGCCGGCGCCGGUGUAGAUCUGGAAGGUAGGCUCAGUGCUAUAAACCUCGAGGUUCACGCCGGAGCCGGAGUGGUGGGCCUUGACAUUGAGGUUGAGGGGCUGGUUGCGGGUGUCCAGGGGCACAGAGGAAGGGUCUGUGUUUAGGACGAAGCAAUGGUCGAUAUUGGGCUCCUGGGGGCCCAGUGUGAAGGUCUUGUUGGCGGUGACACCGGGGAAAGGCUCAAUCUUGCCUGUGGGGAUGAGAUCGCUACCAACAGCCAGGUAGUUGGCUGUAGGCAGGGUGAUAUCUGUACCGGCAAUAGUCUCCUUUCCGCUGGGGUUGAAGUAGGAGUGGUUGGUCAUGUUGAUGACGGUCUCAUCAGCGUCACCAACGAGCUUUGCCUCGUAUUCCAUGGCGAGAAUGAUGACUUCCUUGCCAUCGACGUUUUGUGUGCCAGUUGUGUAAGUAACAGUGACUUCGACGGUGCCAGGGUAUCCCUCGUCACCAUCCUCACUGGUAAGUGUAAAGGCAACACUCUCACCACCCUCAAGUCCCUCUACGCCUGGAACUUGGCGAGUUCCAACAGGUUUGGGGCCGUCCCAGACGCGGCUGCUCCAGCCAAUCUUACCGCCAUGAAGAUGGUUCUGUCCAUCGUUGGCGGCGAGAGUAACUUCCUUACCAUUGAGGCUGUCAAUGCGAGCACCCUUAAUGCGGUUGGCGACACGACCAACAGUCACGCCGAAAUAAGGGGAGUUGUGCUUCUCAUAGUCCUCUUGCGUGGGGAAGCCCUGGACGAUGUUGACGCCGUUGACGACAAGGGACUGGAUAAUGGCGCCAAGGGGCAGGAAAGAAAUAGGAGCGUCAGCCAUGAUGGAUGGUCUCACUAAAGCCGUUUUGUAUGUGCGUGAAUACGAGUAUCGUUGAGGAUGGCUAUAUGAGGGUUGAGGGUUAUUUAUAUCACACCAACAAACCUAGCAUAGAACGGAAAGAACAAGUAAACAACAAAAUGGUUAUGCACUGAAUUGAGAUGCGGCCAGGUUUAUCUAUUUCGUAGUGUCUGCAUCCAGCAGCAGACUCCAUACAGGGAUAAAUGGGAUAG